AUGGCAUUAAGAUUUCCAAGGUUUAGCCAAGGCUUAGCUCAGGACCCCACUACUCGUCGUAUUUGGUUUGGUAUUGCUACCGCGCAUGACUUCGAGAGUCAUGAUGAUAUUACGGAGGAACGUCUUUAUCAGAAUAUUUUUGCUUCUCACUUCGGGCAAUUAGCAAUAAUUUUUCUGUGGACUUCCGGAAAUCUCUUUCAUGUAGCUUGGCAAGGAAAUUUUGAAGCAUGGGUACAGGACCCUUUACAUGUAAGACCUAUUGCUCAUGCAAUUUGGGAUCCUCAUUUUGGUCAACCGGCCGUGGAAGCUUUUACUCGAGGGGGUGCUCCUGGCCCAGUGAAUAUCGCUUAUUCUGGUGUUUAUCAAUGGUGGUAUACAAUCGGUUUACGUACUAAUGAAGAUCUUUAUAUUGGAGCUCUUUUUCUAUUAUUUCUUUCUGCCCUAGCCUUACUAGGGGGUUGGUUACACCUACAACCAAAAUGGAAACCGAGCGUUUCGUGGUUCAAAAAUGCCGAAUCUCGUCUCAAUCAUCAUUUGUCAGGACUAUUCGGAGUAAGCUCUUUGGCUUGGACAGGACAUUUAGUCCAUGUCGCUAUUCCCGGCUCCCGGGGGGAAUACGUUCGAUGGAAUAAUUUCUUAGAUGUAUUACCACAUCCCCAAGGGUUAGGCCCGCUUUUUACAGGUCAGUGGAAUCUUUAUGCUCAAAAUCCAGAUUCAGGUAGUCAUUUAUUUGGUACCUCCCAAGGAGCGGGAACUGCCAUUCUAACCCUUCUCGGGGGGUUCCAUCCACAAACACAAAGUUUAUGGCUGACCGAUAUUGCACACCAUCAUUUAGCUAUUGCAGUUAUUUUUCUCGUUGCCGGUCAUAUGUAUAGAACUAACUUCGGGAUUGGGCACAGUAUAAAAGAUCUUUUAGAAGCACAUAUUCCUCCGGGGGGGCGAUUGGGGCGUGGACAUAAGGGUCUUUAUGACACAAUCAACAAUUCGCUUCAUUUUCAAUUAGGCCUUGCUCUAGCUUCUUUAGGGGUUAUUACUUCCUUAGUGGCUCAACACAUGUACUCAUUACCUGCUUAUGCGUUCAUAGCGCAAGACUUUACUACUCAAGCUGCGUUAUAUACUCAUCACCAAUACAUCGCAGGAUUCAUCAUGACAGGAGCUUUUGCUCAUGGAGCUAUAUUUUUUAUUAGAGAUUACAAUCCGGAACAGAAUGAGAAUAAUGUAUUGGCAAGAAUGUUAGACCAUAAAGAAGCUAUCAUAUCCCAUUUAAGUUGGGCCAGUCUCUUUCUGGGAUUCCAUACUUUGGGACUUUAUGUUCAUAAUGAUGUCAUGCUUGCUUCAAGCCUAUGGCUUAUUCUGUUGGGGUACUAAAAAGCAGAGGAAGCAGUUAGCCCAGCGGAGGAAGAAAGAGAUCUAGUUGGAUUUGUUCCAGGCAGAGGGAAAAGUCAAAGCCUUAAAAGAGAAAAGGGAGCUUCUCAUUCCAGAGAUGUCGACUCCAGCUCGUGACAAGAUCUUUUACUGUGAUUGAGAAAAAGGGGUUGACCCAGAUCAUCUCCUUAGCCCAGGUCUGUCGAGCCUCAAUUAACUGCUACUCUAGGGUAGCCGCUUGAACUUCUAGCUGUGGUAACAGCGCCCUUCGCUCAUUGACUAGUCACCACCUUCAUACUCAAAUGAAUAGCCAUAGCUGCUAAGAACAACAAAUGAUCACCUUUUCACCCCUGAUAGUAGUAUGCUGGGCCAAAGCUUAAACUCAAUCAC